AUGUUUUACUCUCACCAGCUCCUUGCACGCAAAGCUCCUCUGGGACAAAUCUGGAUGGCGGCGACAAUGCACGCGAAAAUCAAUCGGAGGAAGCUCGACAAGCUUAACAUCAUCAACAUCUGUGAAGAAAUAUUAAAUCCAUCAGUUCCAAUGGCUCUCAGGUUAUCCGGAAUCCUCAUGGGUGGAGUCGUCAUUGUAUACGAGCGUAAAGUGAAACUUCUCUAUGAGGAUGUGACGCGUCUUCUGGUGGAAAUCAACGAAGCAUGGAAGGUUAAAGCUGUUCGAGAUCCUACCAUACUUCCUAAGGGCAAGUCUCAGGCGAAAUACGAAGCUGUUACACUCCCUGAAAACAAACCAACAGACCUAGGAGAGAUUGAGCAACCUCUUCAAUUUUCUAACUCAGAGACACUAAUGGGGUUCCAGAAAAAUUCUUAUUUUGCAAUGAAACUUGACAGCAUAGAUGAACCCUACGUCAGCCACAACCUGAGUGAAGCUGAUCUGCCUCAGGAUCAUCAUCAAGCUGAUUUCGCUGAUAUCACGCUAUGUGAGCUGUAUGAUUCAUACCAGGCUGAUGCAGGUCUCUUCAGACAGUUUGAGAGGUUUGACAUUGAAGGGGACGAAGACACACAAGUGAAUUAUCCUUCUCAUGGCCAUGCAGACAUGCCUAGUCUUGUGCCCUCUCCACCUCUACAAGAUGAAGCUCAAAUCCCCAAUGAGAUUCACGAGCAGCAUCCAGGAGAUCAUUCCAAUCACCAAUCUAAUGACAGCAAGGCCCAGGAUAGUCGACAGAGGCAAAAACCACCUGUAAGAAGAGGAAGAAAGUGCCCAGCUCCUGUCAUGGAUUAUGAACAAACAAUAAUCCCUGGUCAGAUGUACCAAUCAUGGCUUCAAAAGACUUCUGAUAUCGGCUCAAGAAGAGGAAGAAAGAGAAAACACUUGGGCAGCAUGCGGUCUAUGAAGAUGGCCAGACUCAUGGAUCUACCACCAGUUGCUCUAGUUUGUGGCUUACAUACAAAUGGAAAUGGGGAUAUCUAUUAUCCCCUUCCUCUAUUAAAACUAUGGAUGAGAAGUACUCAACCUUCGCAUCAUUCUCCUUCUGGGAAAACCUCACCACCUCACCCACCAGCACCAGCACCAUCAUCAUCAUCACCUCCAGAAGGAAACGAUUAUGAUGUGCAAACAAGAUUUCCUUUUGAAGAGGGGCAUAGUGGAGUUGGUUCAGGGUCAUUGGGGCUAUCCAUAGAGAAGCCAAGGGAAAAUAUUAUGGAGAUGCCUUCUGAAAUCCUGAUGGAAGAGCUGAGAGCCAACCUUAUGAACAAUGGAGUAAGUGGGACAGUAGCUGAAGCUGACAUGAUAGUUACUCCUUCAAAUUCUGGUGGGGAAGUUAGAUCCAUAGGAAGCUCAGAAUCAGGACAUGGGUUUAUGUCAGAUGUCAAUUCUGGAAGGUCCAACAAGAAGAGAGGUUUGUCAUCAUCUAGAAGAAGUGGGAGUAGCCUUGAACCAGUGGCAGAGGAGGUGUCAUGGGAUCAUCCUGAUCCAAAUUUCAAGUUGGCUAGACUAUCUGAAAAUGACCUGUUAGUAGAAAGUGGAGGAGUAACACAAACCCAAAAAGUCCCGCUACCUGAUCCACCGGUCGAGAAGUUAACCGAGUCUAUCCGCAUGCAACUGAAGACGCAUUUUGAUACACCGGGAUCUGGUGAAACCGAAUCACUUAACCAGCUUGCAUUAGGAUUGAACAGGAUAAAGGCUGCCUGUCUAUUUUAUCAGACUUGUGUUUUGGCGUCUCGUGAUUUGAUAAGGGUAGAACAGAAGGUUCCUUAUGGAAAUAUUUUAAUUGGUAGGGGUAGCAAGAUGUGA